AGUCGUUCAAAUUUGUUCUCAGCGGAAGAACAGAGCAGAACUGUGGUUCAUUUCACACUUCGAGCUCGUGCCUGGCUAUUUGUUGUAUUCAAAUAGUCCUUCUAGCAUGAGACACUGGGACUACCAUCCGAUCCGAGACACCUGGCCGGUCCCGUUGGCGAGGCUAGCAAACUUGAAUUCUCGGCAAUCCAGCACGGACAUUGUGACAAACAAAGGAACAAUGGUGGCAGCGUAUCUGGAUGCUUCUGUGGAUUAUCUAUCCAAAACGAAGACAAAGGUUUUUGCGGUGCACAGUUGUGCACAUUGUUCUGAUUUGAAACCAAUGUGUCGGCUAUGGAAGGAAACGCUGUGGCUUGCUCUAGAUUUGUAAACCCCAGGAACGUGGAGAAUCCCUGGUAUAUUCGUUGGGUUGGUGAUUCCCACCGGCUUGUGUACGACAUACCCAACGCUCUGGUUGCUCCACAAUUUGGGUUCUGGUUUAGCCCUGAAGACGACAGCGACGGCGUAAGUCAAGAUGCGCCGCGGAACGUGUCCCAGGAUGUCGCAGACUCUCAGAUCGGCCAUUCUGCUGGUGCACCUGGAAAUAUCCAAAUAGCUGGCGGUCAACUGGCGAUUCCUGCCGUCGUUCCAGAGCAGGCUAACGAUGGCUGUUCGCAAAGCACGUACCCGUUUUCCAGAUAUCUCUAUUCUAUUAGUGGAUGGUGAAAAGCAGGACGAUCUCCCAUUGGUGAAUGAAGGGAUCGAAGUCCUGGAUAUCAUCAUUGGCGUCAUUAUCGAAAUCAAAAACUAUAUCUCCCGGCGGUUGGACCCGAAUGAUGCAUCAUUCAAUAUCGAGAUAGGAGCCAAACUGAUGCGGGCACAGCGCGACUUACUUCGUCAAGCGGCCUACUUGUUCAUCAAUUAUCCUCAACAACAGGAUGUCAUGGCGAUUGCCGCUACAGGACCUUAUUGGACGUAUGCAAUACUUGAGCGGGUGCAUGUCAAUCAUCUCAUGAAUGUCUUGAGAAAAGAAGAUAAGGACUACAAUUUGAAUUUCAAGGUGGGUGACAGAAAGCCCGAAUGGAAGAAGCAUUUUAUUCUAGGUGUAUCCGGGUCGAAUAGAAUGCUUCACAGGAUUCAUCGUCUGCUGAAAGAAAAGGCUGAGGUUGGGGCUAAGCGGCUGACUGGAGUCGAUAUCCUUCCUCCGGGAAGAGGUUAGAAGGGGGCCAGAGGAAAGGGACGGGUCGCGGCCGAUGAGGAAGAGGCCGACGCAGACGAUGAAGAAGCUGACACAGAAGAGGAAGGGUCUGCCGCAGAGGAGUAAGGGGAUAGAGAGUCUGAGGUAUAAAUCAAUCUUGUCGUCGAGAUAUGAUAUGCAUCUUCUAAUUACAGUGUGCCUGGUAAGUAUAUGACCCAUCUGACAAUAUCUGUAUAUAUCUGAGAAUGAUGAAUGCGAUGAAAUAAACACACUCGGUCGAGACCGUUUGCCCGUCAUGCCAUCUCAACAUAGCGCAAGUUGACUCCGAUCCAGACGUAGUAUGUCCUGGCCAGCAGCCCGUGCACCGCGGCGUGUGGCAGGAAAAGGUUCAACGAGAGACGAUAGAGGAUCGUCAUUAAUAUUUGUAGGAUUUUUCUACCG